AUGGCAUCCGCCGGACCCUCCACCGACAGCCCAGCGCUCAAGGCCAGCGCGGCAGGCACCCCAGAUGGCGCGCCAACACCCACAGCUGGUCCAUCGGGAAAGUCUGCAGGCCCCGACAUUCGGCAGUCAGCUGCUCGGCUGACCGACACCAAGAAUGGUACGUCCACACCGCGACUUGACGGGGUUGAGGUUUGUUUGUCGUUAGCAGCUGACGCGUCCGUUCCUCACAUCCGCCUUUUGCAGAAACCAAAGCGAGACUGCAGGCUGCCAUAGAGCUCAAGGAGGCAACGGAAUCAGCAGCAGCCGCAGAUGCAGUAGCUUUUUUGGAAGCAUUCAUUCCUGCGACCAUCUCAGCUCUGGCCAGCGUACCAUGCUCUUUGCAGCCAGACAGCCAUGAGCAGGUAAGGACUUGGCUUGGUCGAACAGUGCAUCUCUUCCUCUUCCUUGUCGAUGCUCACAUCGCCACCAUGAUAAUACCGCGCAGAGGCUACGGCACCUGCUCUUGGAAACGCUUCAUCGUCUGCCGGGCAUUGAACGAGCGAGGGCCCAAUGCAAACCUCUACUCCGCUGCAUGAUGGCAGUCAUGCAGGACGACAAUGAAGAAAAUGCAGGCCUCGCGCUCAAGGUCAUCAUUGAUCUGUACAGAGCCUUGAAGACUGAACUCGAGUCAGAGGUCGCACCUUUCCUCAAAGUCGUCGCCGAGUUGUACAAGUGCAUGAAGUCGACGGUUGCUCAGGCGUUCGAUCCAGAGUCGUCUGCGAGCGAUAGCACUGGUGGAUCAAUGAACAAGCAAGAAGGUGUAAGUAGAGCCUGUUGCUGUACUGAAAUUUGUACCAUCUUUGAUGCGUGGCGUGUCCUUCUCCUAUCCAGCCUGCGGUAGACUCGCCAAUGGGUGCGCCUUCUCCUGCAGCAGAAUCGCAGGCUGCCAGCAUGACAGGCAGCGAAUUUGGUCCAGGCACCGGCACAUCUAGCGCUCACGCCAACGCUCAGCCCAAAAUGCUGGUCAAAAGCAGCAGCAGCUUCAAAGUGCUCACGGAGUGUCCAAUCGCCAUCGUUCUCAUCCUUCAAACCUUUCGGUCAACUGUCGCUAGCGCGAUUCGGCUCUUCGUUCCACUCAUUAUCGAGGACUGCUUGCGGCUAGAGGCGCCACAGCAGCGAGAUGCUAGGCUAGCUGCCAAAGCCAAAGGGGAAGUGCUCGUAGGUGCUGUGCCAGGCAUUCAAAAUCCUGCCCUGUAUGCAGAUUUCAUGAGCACGCAGGUCAAGAUGAUGUCGUUCUUGGCAUACGUGACGAAAGGAACUGCAGAUGCCAUGAGACCCUACGCCGAGGAGUUUCCGAUCAUUGCGGUACGACUCUUGCAAGAUCUGCCUCCGGACGCCAGCCAGUCGCGCAAGGAAUUGCUCGUCGCUACACGUCACAUUUUAUCAACCGAGCUUCGCAGCGCGUUCAUCUCUCAGGUGGACGUUCUGCUGGACGAACGAGUGAUGACGGGUACUGGCAUUACCUCGCGGGAGACUCUGAGACCUCUAGCAAUCAGCAUGUUGGCAGAUCUGGUGCACCACGUCCGGCCGCAACUGAAUGCAAGUCAAAUAGCGCGGAUAGUCAAGAUACACAUCCGCUUCUUGCACGAUCCGACAUUAGCGCCAAGUAUCCAGACAAUGUGCGUCAAAUUGCUCUUAAAUUUGUCGGAUCCAAGCGUCAUGCGCCACCCUGAGGAGAUUGGUCCCGUCCUCUCGACUAUUCUCGAGGCGCUCUUCGAAAAACUCGCCUCGCUGCCUCGUCUACGAGAGGAUCUUGAUCUCGCACGUCAACACAAGGCAGAAGCAAAUGCGACGUCAACUGGUGCGAAUGAUGCCUCAGAAGACGCGCAUGGUCAGAGUGUCCAUGCGCAGCCGCCCAUCAUCGCAAUUGAGCGAGCAAAAGUCAUUGGAGCGGGCGUCAUGCUGCCCGACAUUCCUGGCGUCGAGGCCAUCAAAGACGCAAGAUUCCUCUUCCGUAAUCUUCUCAUGGGUUUCAAGUCACUGCUCCCAGCUCUCAGGAGGCGCAAGCUACCAGAACCGAGUGGUGAGAUGAUGGGUCGGCUCUUUGUCGAUGGAGUCAAAUGCUGGACCUUGUACGAGCAAACAGAAGGCAUGCCAGAUAAAGAGGUGAUGGAGCUCUUCACCAACAUCUUCCUAGAUCUGGACCCCGCCACGUUUCAUGAGGUGUUUUCGACGCAUAUGCCUUUCCUCUUUGAGCGCAUUCUGCUCAGCCCGAAUCUACUUGGGGUACCGCAAAGCCUUAUGUCGAACGAUGCUGUUUCAAAGCGCUUCGUAGCGAUUCUCUUCCAAUACCUCGUAAAUCGUCUCAGCGAGCUUGGUGACGCCGACAAGAAGACGGCCUCCGUGACGCUCCGGCUCUUCAAAAUGGCAUUCAUGGCGGUCACCAUAUUCCCAGAAGACAACGAAGCAGUCUUGCAACCUCAUCUUAGCCACAUCAUCAUGACCUCGAUGAAGCUGGCAAGCCAAGCUGUGGAGCCCGCGAACUACUUUCUGCUUCUGAGAGCGCUGUUCCGCAGCAUCGGCGGAGGGCGUUUUGAGCUGCUGUACAAGGACGUGCUGCCCUUGCUGCCAGUGCUUCUCGAAAAUCUGAACAACUUGCUCACGGCGGCCGAGCCGUCUCGAAGGGAGCUCUUUGUGGACUUGUGCUUAACUGUGCCGGUCCGUCUGAGCGUGUUGCUGCCCUACUUGGGAUACUUGAUGCGACCUCUGGUACUGGCGCUUCAGUCUUCCACCGAGCUCGUCAGUCAGGGUCUUCGAACCUUGGAGCUCUGCAUAGAUAACCUCACGCAGGAAUUCUUGGAUCCUAUCAUGGCGCCUUACCUGCAGGACAUCAUGGGCGCGCUGUGGAAGCACUUGCAACCAUUGCCGCACAACCAUCAGCACUCCCAUACUACAAUGCGCAUACUCGGAAAGAUGGGCGGCAGAAAUCGACGCUUGCUCCAACAGCCUCCGCGUCUGAACUACAAGGAUCACCAGCAAAUGACUUUCGCGGUCUGUUUCGACGACAAAGCGCAGAGCAUGGAGCUCGUGCCUCUGGUCGAACUCGCUCUCGCUGGGAUGGCUCGAACGGAAAAUCAUUACCGCAAGCACGCUUUCGAGCUGCUUCGGCAUGCUGCGGCUCUUUUCAUAGACGGUGUGCUGUCCAAUGCUGGUGGCGAGCGAGAAAAGUGCUUCGAGAGCAUUGUCAAGGCUUUAUUUCAGGCUACGUACUGCGAGCCUGACCGGCAGGAGCUGGAAGGUGCCACAAACUACUUGCUUGGCCUUUCGAAACACAUCUUUGCACUGGAGACACGACGCGACACGUCUGUCACGAGACAACCGAGCUCGUUGAUGGUCUGCUUCAUGCAAGGAGUCGCUCAAGCUCUGGCUGCGAACGACAAUGAAGCGGCUGAUAGGACCGCGAUCGUCAACUUGGAGCUCCAAAUCAUUGCAACGGGCCGGCAGGCGUGCAUCGCAGCCUCGCGUCAAGAGCAAUGGACCACACUGAUGCACAGUCUUGCUUCCAAGCACUGCACGCUCUGCUACGAUCCGCUCUGGCAACGAAAGACGGGCGGCUGGCUCGCUAUUGAUAUGAUGGUCAGGCGCGCUGAUCUAGGGACGCACUGGCUCCGUGAGCAUCAGCUUGAGAUCAUGCGAGCACUGCUGUACAUGCUCAAAGAUAUGCCCAGCGACCCGCCUGGCAACGUGGAUGCGGUCGGCGAGACGAUCCUCUUCGUCCUCAGAACUGCGCAUGCUCGUGGAGCGACCGUCCGCGACGGCGCUGCAGCCGAGUCUGGCGUGAAGAACGCAAACGAGGCCAGCGCGGGAGAUGCGACGACCGCGAAAGGCGACUUGACGGAGCCCAAGGACGCUACUGUACCAGCAUCCACUGAGUCUGGUGACAAGGUCGACGAGAAGCCUCAGAACGUCUCUCUUGGCAAAGGCACGGACGCAUCGGGAGACAAGACGCAGAGUACAGAUGUACCUAAGAUCUCUUCGCGCUCCGCGGAAGAAGAUGCGAUGCAAGAGAGGCAAUUUACCUACUUGGUAGGAGUGCUGGUUCAAGAGCUUUCUAGCGCUAACAGUAAGGUCCGAGCCAUCGCACGGGCUUCCUUCGAGCUGCUAGCAGAGCUUCGAGGUGCAAGUGUGACCUCAAUUCUCAUGCCAAUCAAGGAUCGCUUGUUGGUGCCAAUUUUCACCAAGCCCCUGCGCGCACUUCCUUUCGGCAUGCAGAUUGGCCACAUUGACGCGAUAACCUUCUGCUUGAAACUCACUCCACCGCUGCCAGAGCCAAAUGAAGAGCUCUUCCGAGUUCUGACCGAAGCACUGGCGCUUGCAGAUGCAGAAGACCAAGCGCUCGUUGGACGGGUAGCCCAAUACAAGAAUAUGCUCGCGGUCACUGAGCUGCGCGUCGUAGCCAUCCGUCUUCUGGCUUCGGCUAUGGCUUGUAACGACUUCCUGACCGCUAAACAUAACCAAAUGCGCAUUCGCAUCAUCGCCGUGUACUUCAAAAGCCUCUACUCGCGCUCUCAAGCAGUCAUCGAUGAGGCUUAUCAUAGCCUGCAGGUCACCCUCGCGACGCAACCAAAGCUUCCCAAGGAUGUUCUACAGAGCGGACUUCGUCCCAUCUUGAUGACGCUUGCGGAUGCUUCUCGCUUGACAGUGGCUGGUCUCGAUGGGCUGGCUAGGCUACUCGAACUUCUCACGUCGUACUUCAAAGUGGAGAUUGGUUCUAAGCUGCUCGUCCACAUGGAGGGCUUGGCAGACCGCGAGGCUGUUGAACGUGCAAGCCGAGGUGCUCUUGAAGGUCCAAAGUAUGCAGAUGCUCAUCACUUGCUGCAGCCACCGGUGAGUUGCAGGCUGAAUGCAAGUAUUUGGCGCUUUGCUGACCCCUGUCAAUUGCAGCAACCGCGCGAGAGCGAGCGUAUCAGCGUACUUGCUGCCAUCGUUCGCAUCUUUCAUUUGUUACCGUCAGCAGCUAGUCAAUUCAUGGAGCAGCUGGUGGGACAAGUCUGCAGCAUCGAGGCGCUACUCCGACGAUCGGGACCCACGCCUUUCACAAAGCCGCUCGCUCAGUAUUUUGAGCGAUACCCUGCCCAAGCGUGUGACUGCAUGUUCAGCCGUCUUGAGGACUCAGCUUACGCCCGCUGCUUGCGGUUGGCGCUAGCAGAGGAAUGUGCUCCGGCAUUACGUCAGCAAAUCGAGACGGACAAAGCGACACGUUUGCUACCCCUUCUGACACCAGACUCUGACUCGCGACGCACUCUGGCUGCGUUGCACAUCGUUCGCGAGUUGGAGAAACAGUCAGAGGGCUGGAUCUGCGCCAACGAUGAUCUGAUAGCAGCCCUGCAAACGUAUUGGGCCUCUCCCCAACACGAGCAGCGUCGCAGCGAGGAAACAGGACCUCGUGACGACCGCAUAUCCGUUCAGAUCCUGGAAAUAUUCACGAACUACCUGCGUCGCAAGCACAACACGGAUCUCUACUUCGCGAUUGCAAGCAUGCACACGCUCCAGGGUGCGGUUGAUCUAAGCGACAUCACGCGCUUCGUGUAUGAUGCAUUGGCCGUCAAAGCGAGCGUCGCCGACAAACGCGCGGUUCUGGCACGUUGCAUCGACGUCGCGGAGAAGCAAGACGCUCCGACGGCGUACAAGGUCGAGGUCAUGCGGCUUCUGGCCAACCCAAUUCUUGUCGUCGCAAGACGGUCCACAGAUACGGAUGAUUCGCCGGCCACUGGCGAAGCUGGUAGCGAGCCGUUCGAGCCGCUUUUCGAUGCCGCCCUGUUCACUCAGGUGGUGAAUCGCAUUUGGAAACCCUUUCAGAACAAGGGUGGUCCCAGCUUCUGCCCUGAGGAUGUUGUGAGGAUAGAGUUGAUACUCUUUUCUACCAUGGUCCUGGAGCACUCAGCAGGUCUUAUGUCCUCUCAACAAGGCGCUCGCAAAGACGCCAUCAUGUUUGGGUGGGCAAAUCUAGCCACCGAUGACGUGACAGUCAAGACCACGACCUACGUGUUUAUUUCCCGAUUCCUGGAGCUGUUUGACGCGCCAAUCAAGAUUGUCGCUCGAGUCUACUCGGGGCUGCUAAGUUUGCAUCACUCUGAAGGACGAGCGAUGGUUCGCAAGGCUCUCGACAUACUGCUACCUGCAUUGCCGAAGCGCGUACCCAGCGCCGAACCCUCUCACUGGGCUAAAUGGACCAAGCGUCAGCUCGUUGAGGAAGGUAACAACGUCUCUCAGGCUUACCUCAUUUUCCAAUUGAUCAUCCGACAUUCCGAUCUUUUUUACGAGAACCGUGAAAUGUUCUUACCGCAUAUCGUUGGCAACCUCAACAAGCUUGGUCUUUCUCCCUCAGCUAACACCGAAACCCGAACCCUGGCCGUCGAGCUCGUGGACGUGGUUGCUCGGUGGGAGCAAAAGAGGAUUGAGGCAGCCUCAUCAGUGAGGGCGAAAGCCCUGGACCCCGGUCCUUCCGAAAACGCGGCACCCUCCAAGCGAUCCGCUGACUUGCAACUCUCCGGAGAAGCUGCAAGCCUGCCGGUCAAGCGUGCUCGCAUUGAUGACGCCGGGAAAGCCAUCGUCACGUCAUCUCCUGAACGGGGCAGCCCCACUACACAAGAAGGAGUAGGCGUGCACGCAUACGUGCCUGCGCAAAGUAUGCGCGAGGCUAUCAUGGGCUUCCUGGUGCGCUUUGUGAGCCUGUCUCAGGAGUCAAUUGCCACGCGAGCGCCGACAUCUAAGGCCUUCGCGACUUUGCAAUCUUUGAUGGAACUGGAUAUUUGGUCAAGUCUGCCUGUGCGGCUCAGCCUGUUCCAGCGUUCUUUAGCUACAACGGAGGUCAAGGAGUCUACCAUCCCUGUCUUUGUCAAUACCUUGCAGACGCUUCGUUUGGUCACGAAGCGCAGGGACAGAGAUUGGGUCAUUAGCAACCUAGCUAUGCUGCAUCGUCUACUUGAGCGCAGUAUUGCCUCGGAUGAUGCAAGUAUUCACGAAAAUUGUCGUGAUCUCCUGGAACAAAUUUUUGCGGUCUUGCCAGAGCCCGUCGCUGGGGAUGAGGACGCGGAAGGAGAUGAAGAGGACGAUGUCAUGGUGGAUGCUCCAUCAUCGCCAGAACAGGACAAGAAAAAGGGGGCGCUAUCAGGUCAGCCAGAUGAGGCGACGGCUGAUUUCCGGAAAUACGCGGAAACCACAAUCUCGGAAGGCCUGCGGAACCAGACCAGUUUGUGCGCCGCUUUGACUAUGCUCUCCGCUUGGUCGAGCGUUGCGGUUGAGAAGGUGAGACACCCGACCAGUGAUGUCGUCCGCGUCGACUUUCUUUGCUGAUCAAAUCAAUGCUGGCUUCAUCCUCUGCCUCCAUCUGUGAAGAUCGAUGAUUUCCUAGCGCCUCUGACAAAGGCACUCACAAAGCUUACCAAAGAUCACUUGGGUCUGGCAACUUCACAGCAACCAGGAGGCGCUUCUUCGCAAACAAGUCCUCCAUCCGAAAGCGAUCCCAACCUUUUGAUGAUGGUCCUAGACCUCUUAAAGUUGCGGAUCUCGAACCUUGGUGAACAGCGGCGCUGGUUCCUUUCCGCCGUUGUACAGCUGAUAGAGAAGUCAUCAAGCUUAGACUUAUGUCGCUUCCUGCUCGCUAUGAUGCGUCGCUGGAUUCUCGAGCAAAACGAAGGAUUCCCUACUGUCAAAGAAAAAGCCGGCAUUUUGGUCAAGAUGAUGAGCUUCGAGCAACGAGACGAGGCACUGCUUCGCGACUUCUUGGAUCUCAUCCAUGCCAUCUACACCAGACCAUCUUUUGCUCGUACGGAACUCACUGUUCGACUCGAGAAUGCUUUCCUCAUGGGGUGCCGUCAACGGGAUCCAAUUCUACGUCAAAAAUUCAUUGACAUCUUCGACUCGACGCUCGUGAGGUCCCUGGCUGGCCGGCUCACUUACUUGCUCGGUACUCAAAGCUGGGAGUAUUUGGCCGAUCAGUACUGGAUCCAGCAGGUCCUCGAUCUAUCGCUGGGUGCUAUCGCCGCGGACAAACCUCUCAUCAGGCAGCGCAUCGUAGGUGGCAACCCAGAUUUUACGCCUACUCUGCGAGCCAUGACCACUGGCGGCUUAAUGCAAGCAGCCAGGCCUCUGCUGUACAUCGACUCCGAAUGCACCCACAGAAUUUGGGUAGCUUUCUUUGGAACCGCUUGGCAGGCACUGGCGCGCAAAUCACAGGAAGAUCUGACUAGAAGUCUCGUAGGCACACUGACUCGCGAGCACAAUCUGCGCCAGGUGAGCAGGCGCCCCAACGUGGUACAGACUCUUUUGAACGGCGCUGCUGUCUGCACUCCAAGGCCAGAGCUACCACCACAAGUGGUGAAGUAUUUGGGCAAGACUUUUGCAGCCUGGCACACCGCAAUGGAGCUUCUUCAGGACCUGCUGGCAUCUUUGCCGCGCGAAGAUGACUCGAUACGAGAAGCGUGCCAAGAUGCUUUGUCCGAGCUCUACGCCGAACUUUCCGAAGACGAUCUCUUUUACGGCCUUUGGCGCAGGCGCUGCGUCUACGCAGAAACAAAUGCAGCCAUCUCGUACGAGCAGACCGGGAUGUGGGCCCAAGCCCAAGUCAUGUACGAGACAGCACAAGCAAAGGCGCGGACCGGCGUACUAACAUUCACUGAAGCGGAGUACAGUCUCUGGGAGGACCAUUGGGUCAUCUGCGCUCAGAAGCUUCAACAGUGGGACAUCUUGACGGAUUUGGCCAGGCUUGAGGGCAACAACGACUUGUUACUCGAGUGCGCGUGGCGCCUUUCCGAUUGGGUCAACGAUCGCGAAGUGUUGGAACAAGCCUUGGACAAUUUGAGUGCGACCUCGACGCCAAGAAGACGAGUCUUUGCAGCGUACAUGGCGCUCCUGAAGUCGCAAGGUAGCUCGGAAAAGCCCACAGAAUUUGGUCGUAUUUGCGACGAAGCAAUCCAGCUCACCUUGCGGAAAUGGCAUUCGCUGCCGACUUCGGUAACACAAGCUCACGUACCACUGCUUCAAAUCUUCCAGCAGCUAGUCGAGUUGCAGGAAGCAAGUUCGAUUUUCAAUUCGCUCUCAGGCACUAAUGCGAGCAAUCUGGACCCAAAAUCACAAGAGCUCAAGCAACUGAUGCAGACUUGGCGCGAACGCUUGCCAAAUCGAUGGGACGACAUCAAUGCUUGGUCUGAUCUGGUGGCAUGGCGCCAACAUGUCUUCAGCGCCGUCAACAAAGCGUACUUACCGCUUGUACCGCAGCUCCAGCAGAAUGGCGCAGCAAGCUCAAGCACCAACUCUUACGCGUAUCGAGGCUAUCACGAGACCGCCUGGAUCGUGAAUCGCUUCGCCCAUGUGGCGCGCAAGCAUCAGCUCAAUGACGUCUGCAUUUCAAGCUUGACCAAGAUCUACCAACUCCCAAACAUUGAAAUUCAGGAGGCGUUCCUGAAGCUACGAGAGCAAGCCAAGUGCCAUUAUCGCAAUCCGGCAGAACUGCACCAAGGCUUGGAGGUUAUCAACAAUACCAAUCUGAUGUUCUUCGCGGCUCCACAGAAAGCCGAGUUCUUCACCCUCAAAGGAAUGUUCAUGGCGAAGUUGAAUUUGCUGGACGACGCGAACCACGCGUUUGCGACCGCCAUCCAAAUGGACUUGAAUCUCGCGAAGGCUUGGACAGAGUGGGGUAGAUACAAUGACCGCAUGUUCCGCGACAAGCCGCAGCAUAUGGGCCCCGCCAGCAGCGCUGUCAGCUGCUACCUACAAGCAGCGGGCCUUUACAAAAGUGCGAAAGUUCGCAAAAUCCUCAUUCGCAUCCUUUGGCUACUCAGUUGUGACGACAGUACAGGCAGCGUUGCUCAAGCCUUUGAAGGCUACCGAGGAGAAGCUCCUGUGUGGUAUUGGAUCACGUUCAUUCCGCAGCUGCUGCAAGGGUUGCAACACCGCGAGGCCAAGUACGCAAGACGCCUUCUAAUGCAGAUCGCCAAGACCUUCCCACAGGUGAGACGUUUGGUGGUCAUAAAACCUGGCUCGAAAUCGCACCUUGCUGACUCUGUCUAACGUCUCUUCCCACGACAGUCGCUUUACUUUUUCCUGAGGACUGCGCGUGAAGACUAUGCGCCGGUGAAGCGGCAGGUGCUAGUGGCUGCCCAACGCGCCGCUCAAGCACAGCAACUCCGCGUGUCCCAACAGCAGCAGCAGAGUGCAAAGGGUCCUGAAACCGCUUCUGGCUCUGCUGAGUCAGCAAACGCACCCCUCGCCGACGGUGGGUCGAGUUCUCAGGCUGAAACUAAGGAUGGCGAGAAGCCCGAAAAUGUCGACGCUGGUACCAACGAUGGCGUCGCACAAGGCAGGGUCGAUCCAAAGACAGGAAGUCCUACACCAUCAGCGCCAACGGCGACUUCCUCAGGCGAUGAUUCCGGCAAGAUCACGGCAGCGAAGCCAGAAGGACAGUCAGCCGCAGACGGAGCUAGACCUUCGGCAUCAGCCGCUCCCAGCGCCCCAGGACACACAUCCGACACGGACGGCGCGCGCGAUCAAGCAGUCAAAGUAGCCACCACGGGCGCAGAUGCGCCAAACAAAUCUCAUUCCGGUGCCGAGGGCGAUGACAAUUCCGCGCCCUCCCAUCCAGUCGGUGGCAGCGAUGCCAGCACGACUUCAAAACAACCAUCUGCAAAUGAUGGUCCUUCGUCGUCAUCGGCUCAGAGCCCUAACGGCCACGGCUCGCCUCCGGGACCUCAAAAUGGGUUGGCAUCUUCAGGCACGCCGGGCGCCGGCGCGGCCGCUCGUCAGCCUUGGGACUACAUUGAUGAGAUUCUGCAGAUUCUCAAGACCGGUUUCCCACUCCUCGCGCUGACGUUGGAAAAUACCGCAGAGCAAAUUGGUCAACGCUUCAAGCCAGGCACUGAAGAGGACAUUUACCGGCUCAUCAACGCCCUGUUGAACGAUGCAUUGCAACAAUACGUUGGUCGGGCAAGCAUUCCUAGCGAUCCAGGUCUGCUACCGCAGGCUUCCAUGGCAAACGUCAUGCGCUUUGCCGACAGCCUACCUCAAGGUCCUCUGAAGAAUGAGUUUGAGGAAGACUUCGUGCGAAGCAAGCCAAGUUUGCGUCAAUACGUCCAGCGUCUCCAGCGCUGGCGUGACAAUUACGAAGUGCGCUUGGAUCGUCGCACUUCGCUUCAGCAUCUCGAGCAUUGCUCACAUUAUCUCGUCGAGUUCCAACAUCAGCGAUUUGAUGAAGUUGAGAUGCCUGGGCAAUACUUGCGUUUGGAAGACAAUAACUCCGACUUUGCGAAGAUCACCCGCUUCGUACCCACCUUCGAGCUCACCAGGUCGUCGGGUAUCUGCACAAGGCGCAUUUCCAUCUUCAGCAACAAAGGCAACACGCAUUCCUUUGCCGUACAAUUGCCAUCGGCCCGGUACUGCAGACGUGAAGAGCGAAUACUGCAGCUCCUUCGAUUGCUCAACCGUGUGCUAGAACGCCGCAUCGAGAGCCGCAAACGCGGCUUGACCUUCACGACCCCAGUCGCGAUCCCGCUUUCGCCACAAUUGCGGUUGGUCGAGAGCGACGCCAGCUUCGUCAGCUUGCAAGAUGUGUUCGAGAGGCACUGCGAAGAGAUAGGAAUCAGCAAGGAAGACCCGAUCACCAUGUGGGUGGAGAAGAUGCGAAGUGUGUCCGAUGCCAACAGACAUCUGGUCCAUCUCUCCAACCUUCGCAUGGACUUACUGGACGAGAUUAGUACCAAAAUGGUGCCCGACACGGUCUUAACCCGCUUCAUUACGCGGUCAAUGUCGUCGCCCUCGGAUUUGUGGCUAUUGCGCAAGCAAUUCACCCUUCAAAUGGCUUCGACAAUGUUUUUGACGUAUGCACUUUUUAUCUCGGCGCGCGGACCACCGCGAAUUUCCUUCUCUCGAAAUUCCGGCGUUGUGUCCAUGUCCGAUGUGGUUCCGACUUUCAGCCCAACGCAGCCGCAAUUCAAGUCCAACGACCCUACGCCCUUCCGGUUGACGCCAAAUUUACAAAAUUUCAUCACGCCAACUGGAGUUGAGGGAAUUCUGGCGUCGUCCCUGACCGCCAUUGGCAGGUGCUUGUCGGAGCCGGAACGCGACCUCGAGGAAUAUCUCAGCAUCUUUGUUCGUGACGAGAUCACUUUCUGGUUGCAAACCUCGCAGCGCAACCCUCCUGGAGUCUUUGUUGAAGCGCCUCGAGACAUCAUCUACCCCAACAUCCUGGACAUGGUGAAGCGGGCACGACUAAUGUCUUGUGAUUACGAAGCGAGCAAGGUGAGCAUUGAUCAGCAAAGGAGCUUUCGCGAUCCUCCAAGAGCUGACUGUUUCAUGGCCCCACAUCGCGCUCUGUUCGUCUUGUCACAGCCCCAUCCCUCGACCGUGCCAGUCUCUCAGACCGUUCUGGACCUCAUCAAUUCUGCCACCAACAGUGGCAAGCUCGCUUUGCAAGAGCCGACUUGGCACCCAUGGCUCUAG